AUUCUAGAGAAUAUGAAGUACAUCAAGCAGCAAUAGUAACUCAAGAUGGACAAAGGGAUGAUAUACUAACAAAUCCCCAUAUAGAAACAAGAGGCAAUCUAGAAUUAUCAGCAACAGAAAAUUCAAGAAUUUCUCGAGAAAAAGGUCGUUUAUAUAAUAGCUCAGUAUAUCAACAAGAAGAUAAUUUUUAUCCAUCAAAAAUUCCAAUUGAUUCACAAUUAAAUGCAGAUAACACAAUUAGUGAAGAAGGGAUCAUGGGAACAAUGAAAAAUGCUAUUUCUGGAUUUAUGAACGAAGUUGAACCAGCACCAAUUCUUGGUGUAUCUGGUGGAAUGGGUGCUUUAUUUUUGCUUUUUAAGUUGGGACAUUCUUUAGAGGAGGAAGAAGAAUUAAUAAUCGAAUCCCCCGUACUUUCUAUGGACAAUUUGCAGGAGGAUCUGCAGGAUAUGAUGAUUUUUAUGAAGGAGGUUUUGGACCAGGUCCAAUUAAUAUAUCUUACAGGCCUGAAUUGGAAUAAUAUAUUAGUUCAUCAAAGCAUGUCGAUCGAAUAA